AUGGAGUCCACUAAAGAUAUUUUGUUCUUUCCCGGAAUUUUCUGGGCCACAUCCCGAUGGACUCAGAUCCUUGGAAUCGGGCUCGCGGCGUGGUUGCUCUACGGAACGUUCCUGGCAAUCUACAGAGUCACCCUCCACCCGUUAGCAAAAUUUCCUGGCCCGAAGUUCGCCGGUGCGACAUACUGGUAUGAGAUAUGGUUCGAUGUGGUACGCUGGGGAAAGUUCACGCAUGAGAUCAAACGUCUUCAUGAGAUUUACGGUCCUAUCGUCCGGAUCAAUCCAGAUGAAGUUCACUGUAAUGAUCCAGAGUUUGUGGACAUUAUCUACGCAAAUGGAAGUAAAAAGCGUAAUAAGUCCAAAAUGUUUGUAGAGGGGUUUGCUGCAGACUUGAAGAAUGUGAGGGACCUUAGACGGCCCGAAGUUACUCAUCAGUCAGCUAAUUUUUGUCACCAGGGAGGAUUCGGCACAGUUGACCACGCUCAUCAUCGCCUCCGCAGAGCGGCUGCCAGCAAGUACUUUUCAAGAGCGCAGAUUGCCAAACUGGAGUGGGUGAUCCAUCAAGAUGCUCAACGACUUUGCGACAAGUUCCUUCGGUACCAGGGUCGUGGACCAUUCGAAGCCGCGUCGGCGUACAGCUGCUUCACAGCCGACAUUGUCAGCGAUUACUGCUUCGGACAGCCUUUCGGGUUCCUUCAACAAGCUGAUUGGGAGCCCAACUUCAAGGAGGCAGUGUAUGCGAUGUUGCAGUUGAUCCACAUCAUGAGGCACUUCCCGUGGACGACCUGGAUGAUGGAGGCUAUACCAUUAAAGCUAUCGUCAAAGAUGGGAGCGCUUGCUGAGCAGUCCAAGAUGGUCAGGCAGACCAAGUCAGCAUAUGAAGCCGGCAUCAAGCGCGACCGGACGACGGUGAUCCAUUCUCUUCUAGAAUCGGACCUGCCGCCUGAAGAGAAGACGAUUAAACGACUCACUGGCGAGGCAACGGUGAUGCUCGCCGCUGGCACUGAGACGACGGCUUCAGCCCUCAGUGUGUGCACCUAUCACUUGCUCCGCAACCCGGACGUCGUUGAGAAGAUCAGAGCCGAGCUUCUCUCCGUUACUAUGAACCCCAAGGAGAUUCCGACCUGGGCCACUCUGGAGAGGCUACCAUACUUCAGUGCCUCCAUCAUGGAGGCAUUGCGUACGGGUUAUGGUUCCCCGUCGAGAUUACCACGGAUCGCACCGGACGAGGACUUGGUUUACCAAGGGGCGUGGACACCACCAGGUGCCUCAUCACCAGUGGAGGUGACGCACGUCAUUCCACGAGGCUAUGCGAGUGGUAUGUCGGCGUGGAUCAUGCAUCACGACGAGAGGGUGUUCCCCGACUCUAAUAGAUUCCUCCCUGAGAGAUGGCUUGAUGAAGACGGACAGAGGAGGCGGGGUUUGGAACGGUACCUAUUGACAUUCUCCAAAGGAAGCCGGCAGUGUUUGGGCAUGCAGCUGGCAUACUGCGAGCUUCACGUGGCCAUUGCUGCCAUGACGUUGCGCGUCCUGCCGAAGUUGAGAUUGUACGAGACGACAGAUGCCGAUAUAGAGUAUGAUUAUGACCUUGCUGUUGCAAUGCCGAAGAAAGGAAGCAAGGGCAUCCGUCUGGAGGUGGUGUGA